ACAGUGUACUGGUCUACAUUAUUCUAUUGCUUCGGUUCGUUCAUCUACAAUUUACCAUUCUUUGCAGGUGAUAUACCAGAAAUGUGGCCUUAACUCUUGUUACUAAAGUAUAAUAGACUCUUCAAAGGUACUCCAACAUGUGCGAUGUUCUACCUGCUGACACGUUGGAAACUACCCACAGGUUCACCACCAGUAUGCAGGAGAAGGGGCCUGAUUCUCCUAUGGAGGCGACACGGACUGCACCGAUCAUUUUCCACUGUGGUGACUCGGAUGAAUAUGAAGAACUGGAUCCUGAUGAGCCUGACAAGCGACGAUGUCAAGAAUCGUCAACAAACCAACCAUGCACCCAACGAAGGUCCGAGGAUAUGAGGACGCGCAAGUUCUCAGUACCUGCUUUGGUCAAUGUUGAUGAGGCGGUGCUACACUCUUCUGAUCAGAAACUGUGCACAUCCGUUACGCAUUUGUUCGCCUCAUCUCCAUCGUCCGAAGCCAAGAACGACCAUUUGCGACCGUUUGACGCGGCUACCUCUGCUCCACAUUCGUUAUUCUCUUUGGAAGUGACAGCGGCUAUGACAGCACCGCGUGACGUGAUAUCCUCACACCCUACGUCUCUCUCAGACCACCUUUGCUCUUCUGUCGGAUCCCCGUACCUAACAGUGCCAUCGCCGUUUUCAAGACAAUCAAGCAAACGCCUCACUGGCCGCCUGAUGCCACCGGGCCCUACGAAAGCUCAACGAUCAGGUCGCAUCAAACGUCGUUCCGCUCGACAUGAUAUGCGAAUGGUGACUGUUCGGACUCUGGACCGGCUUUACCCAUUUUACUUUACGGAUGAUCUAGCAGAUUGUAUGCGCAAGGGUUACUUGACCGCUAAAGAGGCCCAGUCGUUGGCGCCUUCCUACAAGAGCAAGCUUGAACAGUUCCGAAGAGUUUUCCGUGGAACUCCAGUAGAUACCGAGCGACUUCUUGUCGACUAUUCUUGUGCCCUGUCAAAGAAUAACCAUGGACUGUUGCAACAGGGACGCAUGUACAUCACGGAAAAUUGGGUGUGCUUCUAUUCGAAAAUCAUUUCGGAACAAAAAAUUUAUCUGGCUGUCAAGGAGAUCAUCGCAAUUACGAAGGAGAAAACGGCUCGCGUUAUUCCAAACGCUAUACAGAUUAUCUACUCGAAGAACCAUCAGCGUUUCUUCUUCACAUCCUUCUCAUCACGAGAACGUACGCACGCGAUUCUUCGCAAAGUGUGGGAAAACUGUCGCAACAAUCAGUCGAUGAGCAUCGAUGAAAUCGUUCAACAAGUUCGCGAGAUCUACGGCGAUGAUAGUCUGGCCAUGCUUGAGGAUGAGGACACAGAUGGAGAUCCGGAUACACGAGAGAACCCUUUCCCACCUCGGAUACGGACAACUUCGGACUCUUCAGACCCUAAUUUAACCUCUGCAGAUACGGCGAACAACGCCAACGUUGAUGCUACUAUGUGGGGUUCUGACAACGGUGCCAACCACUCUGGUGGUCUCAGUGGAUUCGCUUCCACAGACGAAGAGGGGUUCAACGAAGAUGGUCUGCACCGUGACAGGGUCCUAGAUUAUGACGUACAGGUACUCCCCAGUUCCAUGGAACUUGGAACACGCAGACGCUGCCACACUCCUGAUUUACGACACAAUGCUGCAGAUAGUGGAGCCACCGAAACUGAUCCGGCUUUACAUGAGACACAUUCUGCCGGACAAUUGUCCAUGAAAUCUGAACGUAAAAGACGGUCGAAAAAGCGUCCUAGUCGACCCCAACCCUCCUCUGGAAUCCCUCCUUCGCAACUCACACAGUUUACACUUUCACCUCCUGUAAAUGGUGAGGGUCCUGACUCCGUCGUCACCUGUUUUCCUGGUCAUGAUCAUCCAGGACAGUUGUACGCGGACGCCUUGAUUCCCCUUAAUGUGGAUGCUCUGUUUACUUGCAUUUUCACCGACUCCGUAUUCUUCGAUCGCUUGAGUACUGCUCGUGGUACAUUCAACUUAGCCCAGUCGUCGUGGCCUACCGUGAACUGGUCUAAAUCGGAACGUGAGAUGAGUGCGACAGAGCCCAUAGUAAAUCCUGAACGAGCCAUUGGAUAUACGUUAAAGCUCAACCAAAAAUUGGGACCCCGAACAUGUGCAGCGAUUGAACAGCAGACACUUCUGGUUAGUGAAUCGCAACCUGGUCGUUGUUACGUAAUAGACGCCAAGGUAACCAAUCAAGCUGUGCCUCUAUGCAAUUGUUUCUGCGUCGUUAGCCGCUAUUGUUUACUCCGGAUUGACCGAACCAACAGCCGUCUGCGUGUAUCUUCGCGCGUGGUUUACGAGAAACCGGUGUUUUUUGGAGCGAAAAGCAUAAUCGAGAACACGUGUCGUUCCGGGCUGACUGACUUUUUCACUGCACUUGUGACUCAUCUGACAGAAAUGGCAUCUGCUCUCACUGAAGAAGAACGUCUGACUGGCGCUUGUUUAAGCGCCCAAAGCACAAAUGCAGCCGUUAUUCACGAUGGCGUGCGCUCCAGAAACCCGGCUAAGAUAGUAGCUCAACGGAGCCAACUGAAUGGUGAACUGGGAGAUAUAAACCAUGUAGAUGUGGCGCGAAAACGCGGAAGAUCCGAUGCCAAGUUGCCAGCUAAUGCUGCGUCCUCCCCGUCCCAUAAGCGACAGUUCAAAUCCUCCGCAAACCCACCUUCCAACGCUCCCGUUUUCAUAGCACAAUCAGCAUCGCUAACCGAGAUUGGUUACUUUUUCCUACGACCCGACAGAGCGUGGCUGCUCUUAGUAGUUGUAAGCCUGUUGCUCUGUUUAUGUCUUUCUAUGGUUUACAAUCGCCUGGUUGCUUUGGAACACCUGGCCGAGCAAUUAUCCGAAGCACAAUCGCCCACGAAGUUUGUUGGUCCCGGUUUUAUGGACCAGCUGUCGUCUUCAUUCACUAGGAACCCCGCAUCGUUUGAUGCUUCCCAAUCCAGAUUGCGAGUGAUGAAGGAACUCACAAUUUCAAUGUCCCAGACUCUUACACAGAUACAGAAUGUGUUAUCGCAAGUUCACCACACCAUAGAGUUGUUGGAUAGUUCGAGAACCAGUCCUACCACGAGUCCAUCUCCUUCACAUUCGGAUACCGGACCAUCUCCUCGCGAUUCAUCGUGACCAGUGCAGUAUCAAUCAACGUGAUUACUGGUUGUGCUAUCAACUUGUUCGUUUUGAUUUCUGGUUCCUAUCUUAUCCCUUCCUACACAUUGUGCACACAUACCGCUAAUGUGAUUUGUGAUCAGUUCGUUUCUUCUCAUUCCGGAGCUUUGCGUGCACCCUGUCUGGUGAUUUCUUUCUACUCCUAUUGGGAUUCACUUUCAUAGCCAUUAAUGGUGGUCUACUUGAUACUCAGGUCUCGAGUUCUGUGUUCAUAAUUAUCUUGUGAUCCCAUUUCCCCGGCAAUACUCUUCGCCCUCACGCGUUCCUCUUUGUUUCCGCAACCGUGGCAAGUGGUCUAAGUGUGGCAGCAAGCUUUCUUUUGCUCUGAUGCUUUGUGCCCAUUGCUUUGAAGGCCGCAUCUUGCUCAGUGUUCAGAGACUUCUAGAAAUGAAGACCAAUCCUGAAUAUUC